GGAUGGGGUGAGAUAUAAAAGGUCUCGGUUUCCUGAGAGAAAGAGCAGGAGCGAGAGAGUCCAGCUGCCCUGAUCAUGAGCCCUGCCCUGCUGCUGGCCCUCCAGGGCAUCACCCUCAUGCUGCCCCGAGUGCAGGCCCUGACCUGUCAGUUCACGACAGUUGAGGAUGUGAACAACGCAGCAGAUAUGCCGUACCUCUGGGAUGUGAAGGACCAGCAAGUCUGUGAGGAUGGCUGGGGUUGCCAAGACACGCUGCUGCUCAUUAAGAACGGACCCCAAGUGAAACUGGUGCUCAACAAGGGCUGCACCCCGGAGGCAGAUCACAAGGCCCGUGUCACCCAGCACAGGACAGGCCCCAGCCUCUCCAUCGUCUCCUACACCCACGUGUGCCGCAAUAGGGACUUAUGCAACAAUGUCUCCAUCACGCCCCCUGUCUGGGACUCAUUACCCCCAACAGUCCCGGGGUCCGUGCGGUGCCCAGUCUGCUUGUCCGCAGAAGGCUGUCUGUCUGCAACAGAGCUGACCUGCCCUUCUGGGGACACACAUUGCUACAACGGGGUCCUCGUGAUCAGGGGAGUGGACAUCGCCACCAAUCUGAGAUUGCAGGGGUGCGCGUCUCAAGCAGGCUGCAACCUGCUUAAUAACACUCAAAAAAUUGGGGCCCUGACUGUGCACGAGAACUGCAACCCUGAAGCUCUUCUGACCUGUCAACGGGGAGCCAUAGUGGAGAUAAGGCCAAACUCAACUCAGACACCCAUCAAAUGGACCUCGAGGGGGUACCAGACGUGCGAUGCUGGAGAUAUGUGUCAGGAGACGCUUCUGCUGGUAGACGUAGGACACAGAUCACUCAUAGUGGGGAGCAAGGGCUGCACCCAGAUCAGGACACAUGAAUCCCCGACUGUCACCGUCCACUCGGGGCCCCCCGGAAUGCUCGUCGCCUCCUACACCCGGUUCUGCUCCUCCAGCGGGUGCAACGGGGCCAACAACAGCAGUGCCCUGUUGGAUGCCAUCCCCCGUCCAGCUCCCCCUGUCCCAGGAGACCUGCAGUGUCCUGCCUGUGUUGAGUUGUUUGGAUCCUGCUCACAAAACUCAGAAAAUGUUACCUGCCCCAAGGGCACCAUUGGUUGUUACCGUGGUUCCAUUGAUCUCAGGGGAGGUGAGCUGUCCUCCUCAUUCAAGCUUCAGGGUUGCAUGGCCCAACCUUCCGGAUAUCUGUUGAACCAUGUCCGCAAUAUUGGGGUCUUCUCCGUGUUUGAGACCUCUUGGUAUAAGAAUGAGACUGAGAAAGAGAAGGAGAAUGAGAAACAGAAUGAGAAUGAGAAACAGAAUGAGAAGGAGCAUCAGUUUCCCCCCCAAGCUGGAGCUGCCCCUUCCUCCUACACGGCUUUGGUGGCACUGGGGCUAUCCUUAGCCCUUUGGUGUGGGGUGCCCUCCCUGCUGACCCCAUUUCCCCUUGAUUCUUUGCCCCUCCUAACCCCCUAAACCCAACCCUCCCUCUGACCUCAUAACCCAACACUGGAUUAUUUUCCCAUCCUCUCCAUGAAUUAUCAUCCACACACACUUUGUGGCCUGAUGACACAUAUGGAAGGGCCUGGGAGCAGCUGGACUCGCCCUGUGGGAGAGUUGACAUUCAAGCAGUGGCCACAUGUGUCUGAUAAUAAAGACAUCGUCCUUUCCCCCA